AUCUAGGGAUUGAGUUGGUCAUUGGGGUGCUUGGAUCUGGUUCGCGUAUAUGUAAAUCCAGGCUACAAUUGCUUUGGCUGUACGUGGAGUAGCAUUAUCACGCCGAAACAAAAAAAAUGGUCAUGACCUCAAAGAUAUUCUCGACAUAAUUCCUUAAGUUCCUUUUUAGUUCAGUUUAGUGCAUUAUCAGAAAUUCUGAUGUUAUGUCCAUGUCCUAUUUAUAAUGCUCUUACGUCUUGAUUAAAUGAUACAUGUUUUUUCCUCUGGGCGUACAUGUGCCUACUAAGGAUAGGCCUACUGUUUACAUGUAGCCUAAAGAUUGACGUAACUGCAAAUGGUUACUUAAAAAUACAAUAGCGUUUUUGUGAGCACUUUCAUCAACAGUCACAGUAAGAAAAAUUGCAGUGCAGCUAGCUCUUUGUUUAAUUUUUAAUCUGUAACAUGUAUGUAAUGCUCUAUAAGAUAAAGAGAAUAUACGUGUACAAACUAGCCCUUAGGUACCUCGGUGUUCUGAUUCGUUGGUGAACUCUACAAACACAGCCAGGACAUUUGUGGAUGCUAUAGACCCAGGCCAGUCCAUAGUUUGACUCACCGAAAAUACUGCACCAUCAUUCACCUUGUGGGAGACCGGACUGGGUAACAGGGUGAUAAGCAUGUCUUCAAUAUUAAUGGAACUCACGCCGUUCAUUGGUGUAGACAGUGACGGGAAACUUUUCGUUCACGACGAAACAGCCGAGGCUCUACAACAGCACGGUAAACCUGUUGUGGUUAUCGCUAUUGUGGGCAAUGCUCGUCGAGGGAAGUCGUACUUAAUGAACCGAAUGUUGGGCAGACAGUCGGGAUUCCCACUCGGUUCUACCACCAAUGCCACAACGAAGGGUAUUUGGGCCUGGUUGACUGACCAUCCCACCAGAUCAAACGAACACCUGCUGUUACUGGACACUGAGGGUCUGUCCCAUGCCACAGACGGCGACGAGAACCGGGACAUUCAGAUCUUUGUUCUGUCUGUUAUCCUCAGCAGUACCCUGAUCUACAACUGCCAGGGUGUCAUAGAUGAGAGCUGUUUAGAACUUCUAGACUUAGUAUCUAGGCUCUCUGAGCAUUUGGUCCUCUGAGUUGACGAUGAGGGAAAUGUUAGAAAUAUGGAUCGGAUUUUCCCUGCGCUGUAUUUCGUAGUUACAGACUUCAUGCUGGAAUUGAAGAUCGACGGACAGCCGUGUACCCCAACAACCUACUUGGAGCAUUGCCUCAAAGAGAAUGGAGGGCUCGCAGAGAAAACGCAGUUGCGGAACAAUUUCCGUGACAAACUGAAAUCCUACUUUCCAAACAGGUAC